GGAACAUGGGAAGUGCAUAUAAAGCCAGUUGUGGGAGGCUCAACACGACAACAACAACGACAAGUCAACCAGCCUAUUCCCAAACCCUCCACACUUAAAGACAAACAACACGAUGGCAGAUGCUUCCUUCAAGGCAGAGUUCCUGCAGACCCACAACGAGUUGCGGGCCAAGCAUGGCGUGCCUGCUCUGACCAUGAGUGAUGACCUGUGCGCGUCCGCUCAGGCCUGGGCUGACCACCUGGAGAGCAUCAACAAGAACAGUAGCAUGAUGAGCCUCCAGCACAGCGACACCAAGAAUGGAGAGAACCUCUACUUCUCCUCCAGCUCCGCACCCAUCAAACUGACCGGAAAAGAGGCAGUUGAGAACUGGUACAGCGAGAUCAAGGAUUACAAUUUUAGCAAUCCUGGUUUUGGAUCUAACACAGGACACUUCACCCAAGUUGUGUGGAAGUCUUCGACUGAAGUUGGUGUGGGUAUUGCCAUGGUUGGAAAUGCUGUCUUCGUCGUAGGCCAGUACAGCCCUGCAGGAAACAUAAGCAACGAGGGUUACUUUGAGAAGAAUGUCCUGCCUGCAGCAUAAACCUGCAGGAUCCACUCAUCCUUCCAUUGUGCUCCAAGCCAUAGUGAUCAUGUCCAGUGAAAAAUCAAUCAAUCAAUCAAUCAAUCAAUCAAUCAAUCAUCCAACCAACCAACCAACCAACAGUGUCAGGCGAAGUUUCUAAGUCUAGAUGCCUAAGCUACAAACAGCUUUUAAUAGGGCUGACACACCCAUCUCCACUUUGCGUUAUUGUUCAAUAUGCAUACGUAAUGGUUCUCCAUACAGAGAAUAGCAUUUUUUAAUGUCAGACUACUUAGGUACAAAAUGCAAUCAUAAAGAUGAAGUAUUGUCCUAAAGCGAAUGUAAGAACAUUGAUCAGUAAAUAUGGCUAGAGCAUGUUUUAUUACAAAAUCUGUCUGUUUUAUUUGAACCACAGUGAAUGCAGUGUAGAAUGUAUGUUAUUUUGUAGCCUAUGACAUUUAGAAUUUAUUCCAAGGACAUCUUUAAAGGGGCAUUGAUUGUAUGGUUUUCUCAUUUUCUGUGAAUAAAAGAUUUUAUGAAAAAACACAACAAAACAAAAAAAAAAACAAAGCUCCUUAUGUGUCAGUUAUGCACUUUGUAUGCAUGCUUAUGAUUUCAAUUUAAUAGAAGCCACAUGUGCAGUUCAAUAUGUAAAUGCUGUGUACAGCUACACCUACUGUAUGUGACAGUCUUGAGUCAGACAGGUUUGAUUGAUAACACUGCAAUGAGAACAAAUUAAACAUUACUAGAGACAUCUACACAUCUUUCACUGCACA